AUGUCUCUCAAGCCAAUUAUCGUUUAUGGUUCUGGACCUUCCCCCAACCCUUGGAAGGUGUACAUAACCCUCGAAGAACUCAACAUCCCCUACGAGAGAAAAGAAAUCCCCUUUAGUGAUGUAAAGAAGGAGCCAUACAUAUCAAUCAACCCAAACGGCCGUCUUCCCGCCAUUGAAGAUCACAACACUGGCAUCACCCUGUGGGAAUCUGGUGCCAUUGUCGAAUACCUCGUCGAAACCUACGACAAGGAGAAUAAAAUCAGCUUCUCUGCUGGCUCGAAGGACUAUUUCCUCGCUAAUCAGUGGCUUCACUUCCAGGUGUCUGGACAAGGCCCUUACUUUGGCCAGGCUGCGUGGUUCAAACUUUUCCACCCUGAGCAGGUUCAAAGUGCACAGGAACGUUAUAUCAACGAAAUUCGUCGUGUUUAUGGAGUGCUCGAUAAGACUCUAGCUGAUCGAGAGUACCUUGUGGGUGGCAAAUUCAGCUAUGCUGAUCUUGCUUUUGUCCCCUGGAUUGGUGUUGUCUCCAUGUUCGAAGUUGACUUGGCCAAGGAGUUCCCUAACGUUGAUACCUGGCUGAAUCGUCAGCUGGCUCGUCCUGUUUUAGGACGCCUCAUAAAAGAAAGAGAUGUGAUUGCAGCAAAGUUACAUGCAGCCCGGGCGGAGGUGGUAAAGAACUGA